AUAAACAAAUUCCUCAUAGAAAGAAACCCUCGACAGGCUGUAUUUUUCCAGAUUUCAGGAAAUAUAUAUACAUUUAUAAUGAAGUACAUAUCUUGUACAUAUGCCAUAUGCUAAUUAGUUCAUUAUGCUAUGAAUGAAAUUGCAUUACUAAUAUUAGAAAGUUUGCGUUUUAGCAGACACCGUAACGUAACGAUAUACCAAAUUCAUCGGUGUACGCGUUAUAUUAUAAUUAUUGGAAAAUGUUUAAUAUGAUGGCUUCAACUGCAGCUCCAACUAGCAUUACUGCCAGUACCGGAGCUUUUCCAGAUGGCAUGUCGGAUUCAGUAGUAUUCUGUAAAAAUGAUCUACCAGCAGACGGUUACAUGACAAUGGAAAGCAUACGGCGGCAAGGAAAACUCUGCGACGUGACAUUGAAGGUUGAAGACCACAAAUUUACAGCACAUCGCAUCGUAUUGGCGGCUUCCAUUCCAUACUUCCAUGCAAUGUUUACCACAGAUAUGGUGGAAAGCAAGCAAGAAGAAAUUACCAUGUCUGGCAUUGAUCCAAGUGCCUUGGAAGUCCUAGUGAAUUUUUCAUACAGUGGUCGUGUUAUUAUCAACACCCAGAAUGUCCUAUCUAUACUUGUCUGUGCUAAUUUCCUCCAACUCCAAGUCAUAAAAGAAGCUUGUUGCAGUUUUCUCAAAGAUCGCUUGGACCCUUCCAACUGCCUUGGUAUACGUCGGUUUGCAGACACCAUGGUGUGUGGAGAUUUAUUCCAGGCUUCCACUAGUUUCCUUCAUAAGCAGUUUGUAGAUGUCUCAUCCUCAGAUGAGUUUAUGAUGCUGAGUAAGGCUGAUUUCAUUGAGAUCCUAGAGAUGGACGGGCUCAAUGUCACGGGGGAGGAACAGGUGUUCGACGCUCUUAUAGGAUGGGUGAAACACGAUGAGGAGGUGAGACAGGAAUAUAUGCCAGAAUUACUUGGUCUAGUAAGACUACCUCUGAUACGGCCUCAGGUUCUUACAGAUCAUAUAUCAACGGAAGAGAGGGUCAAAGCUUGCCAUAAAUGCAGGGACCUAGUAGACGAAGCUAAAGACUACCAUUUAAUGCCAGAAAGACGUUCUCUUCUUCAAAGUAAACGCACCAAACCUAGAUGCUGCAAUGACAUUUCGGGUCUUAUCUAUGCAGUAGGAGGCCUAACACGCUCAGGUGAAUCAUUGAAUGCAGUAGAAGUCUAUGAACCUGUCAACGAGACUUGGAGUGUGACCAAGCAGAUGACAACGAGACGUAGCCGGGUUGGCGUAACGGUAUUAUCAGGACGAUUAUAUGCUGUAGGAGGAUAUGAUGGUCAUUCUAGACUGAACACAGUAGAAGUCUUUGAUCCUAUUAGCAAUGAAUGGUGGGAUGUAGCACCCAUGAAUCAUAGGAGAAGUGCCCUUGGAGUAGCAGCACUAGAUGGCCGUGUCUAUGCCUGUGGUGGGUAUGAUGGGAUAUCAUCUCUCAGCUCUGUGGAAUGUUAUGACCCAGAAACUAACAAGUGGUAUGUUGUUGCUGAUAUGACAAAGUCAAGGAGUGCUGCUGGUGUCGCUGUUCUCAGUGGAGAGAUCUUUGCUGCCGGUGGACACGAUGGUCUUCAAAUAUUUAGCACAGUGGAGUGCUUCAAUCGAUUCACCGGUCGCUGGACAGUGGUACAACCCAUGCAGAGUAAGAGAUGUCGUCUCGGAGUCACAUCUUUCAAUGGUAAACUCUACAUCUGUGGCGGUUACGACGGCUCGAAGUUCCUCAACACCGUUGAAGUGUAUGAUCCUGUAGCAAACGCUUGGACCUAUGCAGCACCCAUGAACUCUCGAAGGAGUCGUGUAGCUCUGGUUGCCAAUAGAGGGCGACUGUAUGCAGUUGGAGGUUAUGACGGACUUACGAAUCUGAACACUGUAGAGAUGUAUGAUCCUCAAAAGGAUGUAUGGACUUUUGUAUCACCGAUGCAGUCGCAUGAAGGAGGCGUAGGUGUUGGUGUUAUACCCCUUUCUGUGUGAUUGCGCAACUUUUGUUGUCAUCUCUUAAACUUCUCAGACACUGAAUUCUUCAUUCAUUGAAAGGUGCCACACAACCAAUAAUUUGACAUUCCUUGUUCCAAACUUUGUGGGAAUAAGCAAAUUCCAAGCUUCAAAAUGGUAUGCAGUUUGCCAUGACUUGAUGGAGAAAUUUCUUAUGAAAUACCUUGGAGGAUGUGAGAAAGUCUGAUGAGUAUCUUUCAAGAAUAAUGGUGAAAAUGAGUCUUGAAUAGUGAGAUCACUAACGUUUAUUAACAAGUUAUAGCCACAGCAAAAAGAAAAAAAGAGGUAAAUCAAAUAUCCUUAUGAUACAUUAUGAAAGGAUUUUGGAUUAAAGGGGUACUCCAGGUAAAAAAAAAAUGAUUUGAAGAGACAGAGUCAAAUUAGACAAACAUAAAAUUGAAAAUUGCAUCAAUAUUGGAUAUGGAAUAUGUGACAUUUGAAAGUUAAGCAUUAUUUCUGUAAAACUGUUACAUUCAUGUCAUGAAUAUUCAAUGAGCUAGCUGAUGAUGUCAUAUCCCCAAUUAUUUUUAUUUAUGUUAUGAUAUGAAAUUGUUUGUAUUUAAAUUUUGUAAUUCAGGAAUGUAUGUAUAAAAGAUUGACUUCUGCUCUGAUAUGUAAGAUUAUCAUUGCUGAAAAUUUGUUACAAGGGAGAUACGCUCUACACACAUGCAUGGAAAUCCAUGAAUUAUCGUGUAAUGAAAUAAGAAAAGGAAUGCACAUGGCAUCAUCAGCUCACAUGCACAGCUGUUUUCACAAAAUGUUGCUAAACUUGAGAAUUCAAUUUUUUCUCUUCAGAAUUUUAUAUUUUGUUUUGUUCAUUUGUUUUUAUUUUCUUUAUUCAGAUAUAAUUAUUUUCAGUCUGGAGUAUCCCUUUAAGCUGAAAAGUUACAUAACCUUUGAAUGCAUAUCUUGUCAUGAUUUCAACUUUCAAAUUCUAAGACCUCCUAAUUGAAUGGUCAGUUUCCUGCAGGCUAUCUUACUGACUUUCUUUGGAUUCCCAGCAGCUUAUGAGGUAUUUUUUGUAGUAUGCAUAUAUGUCAGGUAAUUUUUAACCCCUUUAAAAGAUAAUUUUUAGACCACAUCUUAUGAGGUAUUGUUAUGUAGUAACUAGUAUGUACUAUAGCACAUAACUUUUAUCCCCUUAAAAGAUCAUUUUUAGACCAUAUCUGACCCUGAAAUUAGCGUGGUGGAUAUGAUCGUUCUUAGGAUUUCAUAUUUUACCUUUCUAAUCUGGCAAUAAUAUUUAUAGUAUACAGUAGAUCAAGUAUCCAACAUUCAACUUCUCUUCUUCACAACACCUAUUUAUGCAGGAGGUUCACCGUCUUCAAUAUUCAACUUCUCUUUUUCACAACACCUAUUUAUAAAGGAGAUUUACUGUCCUCAACAUUCAAAUUCUCUUUUUCACAACACCUAUUUAUGAAUGAGAUUCACUGCAAUGAACAUUCAACUUCGCAAACAAAGAUAGGUCAUAUGCUCUUAUAUACUUUGUCUUCUACAUAACUAUCAUGAAUGAGAGAUGAUCCUUUUUACAUCACAGGAAAACACAACACAUGUACACUACAUAUUGGUUUGGAACCAACCUGCAGUCUCGGUCCUCUAACGAUGAAGAGAAACAGAACUUCCUAAUAAAAAUCACGUUCUUUUGAAUUUCACCACCUUAAAAUACACUCUGAGAUAAAACUCGAUGUACUGAAGAGUACAUUGCUUAUAAAUUGAUGUUCUCUGCUUAAAUUCUUAUAUGUUGAAAACCAGUAGAGAAAUGGAAACUAAUAACUCCUUGUGUAUUAUGUGUGCAUUCUUUACUGACAACGACUCACUUGAUCACUACUUAGGCAAAGUAUUUCGGAAUGCAGUCUAACCCAUGUAUGAGAAUGCAUUACUUUUUUCUAAACAUCUGAUAUGAACACAGCAGUCCUAAACCAAAUAUCCAUAUUGCAUUUAUUUGGAUUUAACAUACUUAAUUUACAGAUGUUACUGAGUAAUACACGUUUUGCUAUUACUUGUGAUGUUCAUAAUUAAUGGUGAACUUGAAUCCAGUUAAUCUUCCUUUGCUCAUGCAAGUUAUAAAUGUUUCAAGAACUGAUUUGUUCAAUAAAUUUGAAUUUAGCAGUCACAAAUAGGACUGAAAUAUCCAGAUUUAAGAUAUAUCAUAUAUAUGCUUACUCAGUAUUUGCACAUUUUUCUUGAAGUUGUGAUUUUUACAAUAUGAUCUGGAAACCAAAAAACUCUUUCCCUGAUCAUGCAUCAGUAUCAACGCAUGCAUGCAUUGCAUACAUGCUUGUCUCUCUCUUGUCUUUUUAUAAGAGUCGAGAGGGCUACUAGCAGUGACCCCCUUGUUGAAAAGUUCUAUACAGAAUGUUUUAAUGGCAGUGUAUUACAUAUUAGGUACAUAUAUUUUGCAUAUAACUUCAUAGAUAUGACAUAGCCUUUUUUUUUUCUUACACAGUACAUCAAACACUGCUGUAACAAACAACAUAUUAAUGUUGAAUUAUCUGGAUAUUAUAUACUCUAACUAUAGGUGUCAAUGAGUAAUAUGCAAUUUACUUAUAGUUUUGAUGUUUAUUAGCAUCUGAAUAUGAUAUACUUUAUUCAUACAAUGAAUAGGAUAUUCAGUAACUUAACAUUACUAUAGUUGUGGUGGAAGCUUAUAACUCACUGACUGUCAAUGAUACUUUGAGUUACUCUAGCUUAAGGAUAUUGCGACAUAAGCCAGCAGCGCUACCCUCGUUAUACAUGUAUACCAUUAUACUUCAUUUAAACUGCAGGGACUGCGUUGUCUUAGAUACAUGUAAACAUGAAUGCAGCUGUCACAACAAAGAAACAGGACUGAAUUCAUACAUGUAAGCGUACUUGAGUAAAGUAAGCGCAUAAUUCUUAAACACUCCUGUGAUAGAAUAUUUAGAUAGUAACCUUACCCAUAUUGCAUUACUUAAUCACUAAAUAUAAAAAAUCACAGAACAUGGGUUUGAGACAGCCUUUUAUUGAUGUUUUUUCUAUACAUUCAAUAAGAACACACUACUUACAAAUAGAAUAUCAACAAUGAAUUAUUUGAAAUUACAACAGUCAAAUGUGUACUGAAUAAUAUACAUUUUGCUAAUAGUUGCACCAUUUAUACUCUAAAUUCAGGUGUUACUCAAUACAUUUUGCUCAUAAUCUUGAUGUUUAUAUAAGUAUUCGAAUUUAAUAUAUUCCAUUCAUAUACAUUUGCUGAGUAACUUCACAUUUUCUUAUAGUUGUAAUGGAAGCCAAAAACACAGUUGUUCCUUAUUCAUGUAUCAUGUGCGAAAUCAUUUAUAUUCCAGCUAGGAGCUGACAGUGAAUGACACCUUGAGUUUCUCAGGCUUAUCUAUGUUUGAUGUAUCAUGUAUUUUCAUUUAAACUGCAGGGUCUGUGUUGUUUUAAGAUGAACAUGCAUUUAGCAGUCAUAAACAGGACUGAAUUAUUCGGAUGUAAUCCAUACAUACACUUAAGUUAACGCACACUUAAGUUAACGCAUACUUAUAAACAUAGAAUAUGGAGUAUUUUAGAUAGCAAUACACAUAAUACACACAAUUCAAUACACUUAUACUCAUGUACAUACAUGUAAUAAACAAUAUGAACAAAACAGUAAGCUACAGAACAUCAACACUUAAUCAACAUGUCUUACAUUUACUUUUACAUUCACUCAAUUAUCACAAUCACCAUAAUCCUUAAUUGAAGUGCUGACUGACCCUAAUCAUAAUAAUAAUCAUAAUUCAAUAUAAACAUGUAGUUCAACAUUUUACCUCCUUAUGCCUCCAGGGUAAAAUGAUCCAUUUUCCAUGACGCUUUUUUGUCUCGCCUGCAUAGCAGAGCGAGACUAUAGGCGCCGCUUUUCCAACGGCGGCGGCGUCAACUUCAAAUCUUAACCUAAGGUUAAGUUUUUGAAAUUACAUCAUAACUUAGAAAGUAUAUGGACCUAGUUCAUGAAACCUGAACAUAAGAUUAAUCAAGUAUGUUAGGAGAAUUAUUUUCAAAAUCUUAACCGAAGGUUAAGUUUUUGAAAUGACAUCAUAACUUAGAAAGUAUAUGGACCUAGUUCAUGAAACUUGGGCAUAAGGUUAAUCAAGUAUUAGUGAACAUCCUGCUCAAGUUUCAGGUCACGUGACCAAGGUCAAAGGUCAUUUAGGGUCAAUGAACUUUGGUCAAGUUGGGGGUAUUUGUUGAAUUACUAUCAUAACUUUGAAAAUUUAUGGAUCUAGUUCAUGAAACUUGGACAUUAGGUUAAUCAAGUACCACUGAAUAUCCUGUGCGAGUUUCAGGUCACAUGACCAUGGUCAAUGGUCAUUCAAGGUCAAUGAACUUUGGCCGUGUUGGGGGUAUUUGUUAAAUUACCAUCCUAACUCUGAAAGUUUAUGGAUCUAGUUCAUAAAACUUGGACAUAAGAGUAAUCAAGUAUCACUGAGCAUCCUGUACGAGUUUCAGGUCACAUGACCAUGGUCAAAGGUCAUUAAAGGUCAAUGAACUUUGGCCGUGUUAGGGGUAUUUGUUGAAUUACCAUCCUAACUCUGAAAGUUUAUGGAUCUAGUUCAUAAAACUUGGGAUAUAAGAGUAAUCAAGUAUCACUGAAUAUCCCCUGUGAGUUUCAGGUCACAAAACCAAGGUCAAAGGUCAGUUAAGGUCAAUAAACUUAGGCCAUGUUGGGGUAAUUGUUGAAUUGCCAUGAUCAUAACUUUGAAAGUUUAUGGAUAGAGUGAAUGAAAUGUGGACAUGGGUGUAGUUCACAAGUCUUAAGUCACCGUUCAAAUGUCAUUUAUGGUCAAUGAACGUGGUAUUAUGUCAUUAUAUGAAUGGUGUUUUUGUGAAUGAUUAUUUUAUAGUAGUUUUCAAAGUUAGCACUGCUGCUAUAUUAAAUCGCGUAAUGCAGGUGAGACAGCCAGAGGCGUUCCACUUGUUAUUACAAUCAUUUAUUUAUUUGUAUGUUAUUUAUUUAAUCGUAGUAGUAUUCGUAUUCGUACUAGUGAUGGUUUUAUCAAUAACAGUACUAGUUUUUAUAGUAGUUUUUAUAGUAGUAGGAUUAGUUUUAAUGUAUCCAUGCAUACCAAUACAUCUCUUUUAUAUUAAAAAACGUAAUUAAACUCAAUUUGUUACAAGGGAGAUACGCUCUACACACAUGCAUGGAAAUCCAUGAAUUAUCGUGUAAUGAAAUAAGAAAAGGAAUGCACAUGGCAUCAUCAGCUCACAUGCACAGCUGUUUUCACAAAAUGUUGCUAUAAACUUGAGAAUUCAAUUUUUUCUCUUCAGAAUUUUAUUAUAUUUUCAGUCUGGAGUAUCCCUUUAAGCUGAAAAGUUACAUAACCUUUGAAUGCAUAUCUUGUCAUGAUUUCAACUUUCAAAUUCUAAGACCUCCUAAUUGAAUGGUCAGUUUCCUGCAGGCUAUCUUACUGACUUUCUUUGAAUUCCCAGCAGCUUAUGAGGUAUUUUUUUGUACAUGUAGUAUGCAUAUAUGUCAGGUAAUUUUUAACCCCUUUAAAAGAUAAUUUUUAGACCACAUCUUAUGAGGUAUUGUUAUGUAGUAUGUACUAUAGCACAUAACUUUUAUCCCCUUAAAAGAUCAUUUUUAGACCAUAUCUGACCCUGAAAUUAGCGUGGUGGAUAUGAUCGUUCUUAGGAUUAUCUUACCUUUCUAAUCUGGCAAUAAUAUUUAUAGUAUACAGUAGAUCAAGUUUGUGUAUAGUAGGGUGCACGAAUUCCACAGCACUAAUAAACAAUAAUUUCAUGCAAUAGUUGCUCCAAUUCUGAAACACAGUUUUAAGUACAAGUUAAGUUUUAUGUAAUGAAGUAUAUCA